AUGAACUCCCUCCGCAUCGCCCGCGCGGCCAUCCGCGCUCGCCCUGCUGCCAUGCGGGCUGUUGCCCAGCGGAGGACGUACGCCGAGGCUGUCCCCGACAAGAUCAAGCUGAGCAUGUCUCUGCCUCACCAGUCCAUCUACAAGUCCCAGGACGUCGUCCAGGUCAACAUCCCCGCCGAGACCGGUGAGAUGGGUGUCCUCGCCAACCACGUUCCCGCGAUCGAGCAGCUCAAGCCCGGCGUCGUCGAGGUCGUCGAGGAGAGCGGCGGCUCCAAGCAGUUCUUCCUGUCUGGUGGAUUCGCGACCGUUCAGCCCGGCUCCGCCAUGAGCAUCAACGCCGUCGAGGGCUACCCCCUCGAGGACUUCAGCGCCGACGCCAUCCGAUCCCAGAUCGCCGAGGCCCAGAAGGUUGCCAACGGCAACGGAAGCGAGCAGGACAUCGCCGAGGCCAAGAUCGAGCUGGAGGUUCUCGAGACCCUGGCUGCUCAUGUGAAAUAG